CAGUUAACAUGAAUUACUGAUAGGGGAACUUUUGAAGCUGUGCCCUGUGACUCUUAAACAUCUUACGCCCGUUGCAACCCGAGAUAUAUAUAUAUUCAACCACCGAUGGCCUUGGCUGUCUGAGGACAUAAUUUCCAUCGUCGCCUUUUUUUCCCCUGGCAUCCGUUUCUCGAUCUAGGUACUCGGUAUUCGCGUCUCCCGACUCCACGGCUCCGCAUCUCGACCGUCGACCGACGUCAUUGGGGAACGUCGGCGGCAUCACUACGCGACUGACACACACCUACGAAGUAGUCCUAACGACAGCCCUCCAUAGCGGUCCCGAAUCCCUCGCGUGGGUUCUGUUCUGAUAUUUCCCAAUAGAACCAAUCAUCUGAAGCCAGAGAAAGGGGCGGAGAAAACAAUCAAGAAAUCAUGGACGCCCGAUGCCAAUGCGGUCAAAUCGCCUUCAAGACGCCCCUCCCCAAACCUCUCGCCCUCUACAUCUGUCACUGUUCCUCGUGUCGUAGGCAGGCCAGUUCUGCCUUUGGCACCAGCGCCAUCUUUCCUCGUUUCAGGUUGCCUAAUAUGGAUCUGCUAAGCGUCUAUGCACGGCCCACGGCCUCAGGACACACCCUUUACUGCUACUUCUGUCGAAAUUGCGGCACCCGCCUUAUUCAUGCAACGCCGAGUAAGGACGUCGUCUCGGUCAAGGGAGGCUGCAUCGAAGGCCUAGAUUGGUCCAAGGCAGUACACAUCUGGACCAAGUCCGCCAUGGUUCCCAUUCCGGAGGGCUCCGAAACCCACUCGGAAGACAAUACGAGCAGCAGUUUUCGCUCCGCUUCUACCAGCACUUCAUCCUCUGCUGGCUCGCCCGAAGCCCAUUACCGCGAGACCCAGGAGAUGUUGGAUCAGCCUAACGAUGAGCCCGCGCCAUCUUCCGAGGCUGAUCGUGCUGGUGGUCCUGUUGUCGGAGCUUGCGAGUUGAGCGGUUGAGGCUCGGAGAGGGGAGGGGGACAUUCUCCUACUCGAUUUCAUAAUACGUCUUCACCUCCACUCAGGAUACAUGUAUAAAACCUCAUCCUCGUGUUCUUUUCCUCCCACAUACCUUUUUUCUUUGCCUUUUUGUUUUCUUUAUUUGUUUGGUUUAUACAAGAGAACGACGAUAGGAUAUCGAGAUUACCGCAGGCUUCGUUAUAUUCGUUUACUCAUCA